AUGUCAGCCAAUCAGAGAGCGCCAGAUGACCAUCCUAGUCUGAUCGCAAGGGCACCGAGGAGACAAAUAUGCAGUCGCAAGCACCAAAUGCUCAGACAGCCUCGCGACGAACUGAGGCAUAGGCCUUCGCAUUGGACGAUCAGGGCGUGGGUGGAGCUGACGCAUUGUGACGGCUUGCGCCUUCACCACGUGAUGCUGAAGUCCUUUAGGGCCUUUCGGCCCGGUUGCACCAGCCUUCCCUCAGCGCGCCCGUACUUUCGCUGCUUUGUCUGCCCCACUACACCUCUCUCUUCCUCUCUCGUAUGCCCACUGGAUCCGGUGGCGUCUCAACCACGCCUCUGUGCUCAUCUCGGUCGCAGGUCAGUCCUAUCACCAACCUGCUUAGGCUUCCUUCGAUGGCUUACAUUCAUAUCAAGUAGAUCUUGA